AUGUCGUGGCAAUGGCGGCGACGGCAGUGGCCAUCCCCUCUCCUCCUUAUCCUCAUCGUUCUUCAUCUCGUCUCUUCCUCUUCCGCCAUUGAUUUUCUCUACAAUUCCUUCAGCUCCGUAACUAACAGAACCGACGUAAUCCUCAUCGAAGAUUCCCGCGUAGAAUCCACCGUAAUCAGCCUCAUCAACGACUCCGAUCCACUCUCUUUCGGCCGUGUUUUUUACCCACAAAAACUCACAAUUAUACCCGAUCCAACCCGAAACCCGACCCGACUCUCAUCUUUCUCAACUUCCUUCGUCUUCUCCAUUCUCCCUGACAUAUCCACAAGUCCUGGCUUCGGCCUCUGCUUCGUCCUCUCCAAUUCCACCUCUCCUCCAAAUGCUAUCUCCAGCCAAUACUUCGGUCUCUUCACUAACGCCACAGUCAGAUUCAACGCUCCUCUCCUCGCCGUCGAAUUCGACACCGGUAGAAACUCUGAAGUAAACGAUAUCGACGAUAACCACGUCGGAAUUGAUCUUAACAACAUUGAAUCCACCACAUCCGUAACCGCUGGCUACUACGAUUCUGUUAAUGGAAGCUUCGUUCGCUUUAAUAUGCGUAACGGAAACAACGUUCGAGCUUGGAUCGAUUUCGAUGGCCCUAACUUUCAGAUCAACGUUUCCGUCGCUCCCGUCGGUGUGCUUCGACCUCGCCGGCCAACUCUUACUUUCCGUGAUCCUGUUAUUGCUAAUUAUGUCUCGGCAGAUAUGUAUGCUGGCUUCUCUGCUUCCAAAACCAAUUGGAAUGAAGCUCGAAGGAUUCUAGCUUGGAGCUUGAGUGAUACAGGAGCUCUUCGAGAGAUCAACACUACGAAUUUACCUGUUUUCUUCCUGGAAAACUCUUCUUCUUCUCUUUCCACUGGAGCAAUCGCUGGGAUCGUUAUCGGUUGUGUUGUCUUCGUAGCUCUAAUCGGAUUUGGGGGUUAUUUGAUUUGGAAGAAACUAAUGAGAGAGGAAGAAGAAGAAGAGAUCGAGGAGUGGGAGUUAGAGUUUUGGCCUCACCGUUUCAGCUACGAAGAACUCGCUGCAGCUACGGAGGUUUUCUCUAACGAUCGUCUGCUUGGAUCUGGAGGAUUUGGUAAAGUUUACAGAGGAAUUUUGUCAAACAACAGUGAGAUUGCUGUUAAAUGCGUGAAUCACGAUUCGAAGCAAGGUUUGAGAGAAUUUAUGGCGGAGAUCUCGAGUAUGGGUAGGUUACAGCAUAAGAAUCUAGUUCAAAUGAGAGGAUGGUGUCGCCGGAAAAACGAGCUGAUGCUUGUCUACGAUUACAUGCCAAACGGAAGUCUUAAUCAGUGGAUCUUUGAUAAUCCUAAAGAGCCAAUGCCGUGGAGGAGAAGGCGUCAGGUGAUUAACGAUGUUGCGGAAGGGCUUAAUUAUCUCCACCAUGGAUGGGAUCAAGUGGUGAUUCAUAGAGAUAUCAAAUCAAGUAACAUUCUUUUGGAUUCUGAGAUGCGUGGGAGGCUUGGGGACUUCGGUUUAGCUAAGUUAUAUGAGCACGGUGGGGCUCCAAACACGACUCGCGUGGUGGGCACGUUAGGGUAUUUGGCUCCGGAGCUUGCGUCUGCUUCGGCGCCUACGGAGGCGAGUGAUGUGUAUAGUUUUGGUGUGGUGGUGUUGGAGGUUGUUAGUGGGAGGAGACCGAUAGAGUACGCGGAGGAGGAAGAUAUGGUGCUUGUGGAUUGGGUUAGGGAUUUGUACGGUGGAGGAAGAGUGGUUGAUGCAGCGGACGAGAGAGUAAGGAGCGAGUGUGAGACGAUGGAGGAAGUUGAAUUGUUACUCAAGUUAGGUCUGGCUUGUUGUCACCCUGAUCCAGCUAAGCGGCCGAAUAUGAGAGAGAUCGUUUCACUACUGCUUGGCUCACCACAAGAGGAUUUGUUGACUGGGCUCACGCCGGCCGCCGCCGCGGCAGACUCCACGGCUGCUCACGCAUGA